CCAAAAUAUUUAACCUGGUUUGUCGUGAAUUAUGUUUUCCAGUCUUGAUCCUUUCUUCUUGACUUUCACACCUUUGAAUUACAGACUCCCUUCUGUGACCAAUAUUCAUUCUAGGUUACCGAGCAUCAGGCCAGUGUUUGAUUGUAUCUCUGUGACCGUUUUAUUUUAGCUCCCUCAAAGUGCUAUCGUGGAUCUCCCUGAAUCAUUCCUCUCUUGUCCCUCCUUUCGAUCAUCGUUUCCUUGCGAAUCCGCACACACUUCUUCAUAUGCAUCCUACUCGUCCCUACUACUCUUCAAACGUCUAUUCGUCCAAUGUCGUAGAUAUUGGUGACCCUUAUGUGGUAUCCCAGCAGCCUAUGGCCAGCACGUCUAUGGUCACUCUGCAGCAGACCCCAUCGUACUCCAGUGACCAAGGUGCCUACAAAAAGCGAAAGAUCGAGCGGGCUUGCGAUGCCUGCCGCCGUAGAAAGACUAAAUGUGAUGGUCCACGCAUGCCUGACAAUAUCUGUACCAACUGUGUACAGAAUCGCAAGACCUGUACUUAUGUUGAGGCUUCAAAGCCUAGAGGUCCUCCAAAGGCAUAUAUUACCGGUCUUGAGGACAGGUUGGAAAGAAUGGAAGCACUUUUAAAGCGGCUCCGCCCUGAGGCUGACUUCUUGGAAGAACUUGGUUCACCAGUUGUCCGUGAUUCUUGGAAACAUGAUGCAGAACCCCAAUAUCGUCUUUCCCCAGAUGAAAAAUCGACAUCUCCAGUUGCUCAUUUGCGACCUCGUGGGUCUCCUUCUGUCGGUACUAGUCGACCCCCUGUUGGCAAAUUUUUGCCUUCAUCUAGCGUUAGUGUCAGGAGCCGGCGUUCCGCGGGCACCCCUCGCACUGAUACAGACUUAUCAUCGGACGCGUGCACAUCCUCGGAGAGUGAAGAACCUGCCCAGGAACAUGGCCCAUUGGUGGAUAAUCAAGUUCGCUUCCAUGGCAAGAGUAGCUGCUUCAAACUCAUCGAACCGACCCGAAAACUUCGCGAUGAACACAUCAACCGCAUAUCCCAAGACUCAGGCUUGACUGAUGCCGAGAGUGGAUCGGUUAGUCGCAGUUCGCCGGAAUCGGCGAGUUCUGCUAGUUUUGCACCGAUACGACGGCCAGAAUUCUGGACCACGCCUUCAUGGGAAUUUGCUUUCGAAAGCUUCCAAGACAGGCUCGAGGCGCUCUCCCAUUCGCUAAUAAAGGAAUUCCCCCCACCUGACUUGACCGACAGUUUGAUCAAUUUAUUCUUUCUCCAUAUCAACCCUCAAUGUCCACUUUUCCAUCGACCGACAUUUGAGCGCCAAUGGCGGGAGGGUCUUCAAGAAACAGAUCCGUGGUUUGGAUGUCUGUGCUUGGCGCUAUUUGCUGUUGCCAGCCGCUGGUCCGACGAUCCCCGUGUAUUGGAUGGUACGUAUGGCAUACCCGAGGCAGAGAUAUCCGGUGAGGAUUGUAAGUGGCAAAGAGCAGGAUGGAAAUACUUCAGCGCAGCAGUUGGUACGCCAGCAACGUCGUCGAUUUAUUUGCUAGGCAUGUUUCUACGCGGCACUGCUUAUCAUCCAGUGGGAUGGCUCUUCAUCAGUAUUGGCCUCCGCAAAGCUCAGGAUGUUGGCGCACACCGCAAGAAGAUUUAUGGAGCAAAGCCUAGUGUUGAGGAAGAACUGUGGAAAAGAGCAUUUUGGGUACUCGUGCUAUACGACCGCAUAGGAAGCGCUGCUCUUGGACGACCAUGUUGUUCUGGAGAGGAAGACUUCGAUGUCGACCUUCCCCUGGAAGUCGAUGAUGAAUACUGGGAAACCAACGAUCCUGAGAAGGCAUUCCAACAACCACCGGGAAAGCCAUCAAAAAUAGCAGGGUUCAACUCCUACCUAAAAUUGACUAAAAUCUCGGCAUACGCUUUAAGGACCAUUUAUGCCCUUGAUAGGUCCAAAUUGUUGGUUAGUGCCGCGCGUCCGCGGUGGCAUGAAGUUUUGAAUCGCCUUAGUGCCGCAAUGACUGAAUGGGUCGACUCAGUGCCUCCUCAUUUACAAUGGUCACCUCACAUAGAAGAUCCAUUAUUCGCCAACCAGUCGGUUACGCUGUACACCACCUACUACCUCAUCCACAUCCUCAUUUACCGUCCUUUUUUGCCCGGUUCACUUCGCUCCCUUUCCAAUGCUCCCCCACACGCAAACAUGCCAGUCCCCUGUAUCGGUGUCUGUGUCAGCGCAGGAAAAUCCUGUGCGAAGAUACUGCGGGCGCAGAUUCAAAGGGGUAUAUCGAAUAUACCCACGCUCAUCUGUGGGUCACAUAUGUGUGCUGCGAUUCUUCUCAUGAACUUUUGGGACUUGAAAUGGCAAGAGCGCGAACAACUCCAGUCUGGUGGAAUGGAGGAUGUAAAGCCAACAUUUGCGGUUGCGAUGGCAGAGCUCCUUGAUGACGUCUCCUUCUUCAUACAAGUGCUUGAACAUCUGAAACCGCGAUGGAGAAAUGCCGAGAUGUAUCUAAAGGACCUUAAUGCUUCAAUGCCACACGGCCUCAACGGCUCUGGAAGCGGUGGUCAGAAAGGUAAUCUAUCACUCCAAAGCUAUGGGGGCAAAGACGGCGCACGCACGUUGUUACCGCUACCAGAACAUCACACCCAUCCUCCGGAUUAUCGCCCCAAUCCCUCAUCAGUGUAUCAUUCUGCACUGCCGCCGGUCACUACAUACCCAUACGUUCCACUAGCCGAGCCCGUAAACGCCAGUCCUCAGUGGUUCGACUUUCCGCACCUUACCAGACAUCCAGUUCCUGGGGUGCUACCCUUGUGGGCGUCCCAUGGACCAACGCACGGCGGGGCCACAUCUUGGAGCAAUCAGCUGCAGACUCGUCCCUCGUCCUUGCAGUCUUCUCAUUCUCACAAAUACGACCAUCCUGCCAUUCGUUCUCUAGAAGCUCCGAACGGCUCAGUCACUAGCCUCGACUCUGGAAUAAUGAUGCCUGCGAGCCUUGUGCACGGAUCUGAUACAAGAUUGUCAUCUAACGAGCACCCCGUGUCACGUCCGCAGUUUGAAUCUGGAGCCUGUCCACCGUUCAAUAAUUAUACCCAGCAUAGUGGAAAUGGCCAAAUGCGUGCCAGCGCUACGCAUCACACACAUACCACUCAUUCAGAAUCAAGGUUCGGGUGGCCAGCAGCCGAGUGGGAGCAAACGUAUGGACCUCGUUCAUCGAUUGCCGGCCCUCCUCCUCGUUCCAGUAACACCCUGCACCCCAAAGGGAGUGAAUACUCGCAAGGGCACAUCUUCUCAUAUGCCGGGCAGUAUUAAGAUCGAUGGGUAGAUAAGAGUUUCGGUGCCUUAUGUAUAUAACGACUUUCCAUGAUCAAUUCCAUGACGCUUGAUGUCGAGACUCCGUCGACGAUGUAUUUAUCUUCUAGUUUACAUACCAUCCGUCUUAGUUUUCACUGUAGAUCACAUCUCUUAGAUUUUACCGUAUUUUUUGCGUGCAAUCCCUUGUUUGUAGGAAUAUCACAGCCUAACCAGAGAGCAACUAUGAUUUCUUUCAGCUCAUUGUAAAUCAUGAAUAUUUAUCACAAG